AUGACCACAUGUGCCAGUCAAGUGACAAAAAGAAAAUUGGAAAAAACUCUAUUAAAACAGACUGUCGUACAAGGCGUCAUGUUCACCGUGGGACUCGGCAUGUAUUUCUUCCUUGGAUGGCUAAUAAAAAACAAAUGGGUGAUUUGGUCGUUGACAACGGUGGCAUGGAAUACGCUGCAUUUAAGCGAU